AUGGAGACGGGAGUCGGGGAUGCCCGUGCUGUGCAGGCUCCUCGCUGCGCCCAGGAUCGCUGCUCGGGCGACGAGGAGCUGAUUUCUGCCCCCCUGCCCUGGGGCUGGCUGCUGGGCUGGGUCUGGGGGCAGCAGGGUGGUUGGUCUGGCCCCGACGCUGGGCGCUUCCCGUUGCUCGUGUGGCUCGAGCGGCUCGUGGAGACCGGCAGGUAUUACGAAACCGGCAGUAUUAAGCCCGGAGUGAUUGGAGGAUCAAAACCAAAGGUCGCCACACCCAAAGUCGUUGAAAAAAUUGCAGAGUACAAGCGCCAAAAUCCCACCAUGUUUGCCUGGGAGAUCAGGGAUAGACUCCUCGCUGAGCGAGUGUGUGACAACGACACCGUGCCCAGCGUCAGUUCCAUUAACAGGAUCAUACGGACGAAGGUGCAGCAGCCGCCCAAUCAGCAGGUCCCAGCCUCCAGUCACAGCAUAGGUAUUCAGGAAUCUCCAGUACCAAACGGCCAUUCUCUCCCGGGCAGAGAUUUUCUUCGGAAACAGAUGCGAGGAGACCUUUUCACCCAGCAGCAGCUAGAAGUGUUGGAUCGAGUCUUUGAGAGGCAACAUUAUUCCGACAUUUUCACAACAACUGAACCCAUCAAACCAGAGCAGGCAACUGAAUACUCAGCCAUGGCAUCGUUAGCUGGUGGAUUAGAUGACAUGAAGGCAAAUAUAACCAGCCCUACUUCUGCAGAUUUGGGAGCGAGCGUUCCCGGGCCUCAGUCGUAUCCUAUCGUCACAGGUCGCGAGCUGGCAAGCACGACCCUCCCAGGAUACCCUCCGCACGUCCCUCCCGCCGGACAGGGCAGCUACUCCGCUCCGGCGCUGACAGGAAUGGUGCCUGGGAGCGAGUUCUCUGGGAGCCCGUACAGCCACCCACAGUAUUCAACGUACAACGAUUCCUGGAGGUUUCCCAACCCCGGACUCCUGGGGUCCCCGUACUACUACAGCGCUGCAGCCCGCGGGGCACCACGACCCUGUCCUCUCCUCCUGAGGACAAUGGAGAAGCCCCCUGACCCUGGUGAGAUGAAGGUCCGGCCGUAG